UGCUGCGAUAGCAGACCUCUGUUUGGGUUCAGUCGUAUAACGGCAGUCUGGCGGUUCGGGUCUCUUAGACAAACGUAAAUUCAAUCGAGUCCAAAGAUAAACCACCAUGGAUCGGGCGAGCCUAUAUUUCAUGAACAAAGAUGAUAAGAACACCUUUGACUUUGACGAGACGCUGCCGUCGCUCCCUUUGCCGGAACUAAAGGACACCAUGGAGCGGUACUUCACCGCCAUCCAGCCAUUCGGGACCAAGGAGGAGUUGACUCAGGCAAGAAAGACCAUCAAUGAGUUCCAGAAUGGAGUGGGCGCCCAGCUCCACGAACAGCUCAAGAAACGGGCGGCCAGCAUGAAGAACUGGCUGGGAACUUGGUGGGAGGACUACGCAUACCACUUGACCCGAAUGCCGCUCCUGCCCUACCAACUUAUGGUGAUGCCCUGUCAGUUGGAGAUGGUCGGUGUGCCGGAGACCACGGAAUACAUGCUCAAGAGUUUGGCCCGGCACAUUCACCAUACCCUUGAGUUUUGGGAUCUGACUCGCAACUCCAGCAUCAAGCCACUUUCCUCGAACGGAGGGAAGAUUAAAUACUCUUCUGCACUUUACAAGCACUUCUUUUCCACGUGUCGUAUUCCCGGCGAGGAGCAGGACCACAUCGAGAAGCAUUUCCUAACCAAGGAUGAGGGCAAGACGCCCAGUCACAUCCUGAUCUCCGGCAAGGGACGCCAAUUCAUCCUGGACUGUGUGCAUGAAGACGACACUAUUCUGACGGCUCCCGAAAUUCUGGUGGCGGUGCAACGACUGCGCAGCAUCCUGGACUACGAGCCGCUGGGUGACUGUGUGCCCACUCUCAGCCAUGACGACCGGACCACGUGGGCUCGCAACCGCAACAGACUGAGGGAGAUCUCGGAGGCCAACAAGGAGACUCUGCUGCUGGUGGAGAGCGCCAGCAUGGAGAUUUGUUGGUACGACCAAUCGCCCAAGGACUACGAGGAGUCCUCACAGCUGGGUUUGUUCGGCGACCUCCAUUCCCGCUGGGCGGAUCGUAGCAGCAGCAUCAAUGUCUUCCGCAACGGACGCUCCAACUGGACGGGCGAGCACAGCUGUUACGAUGGCACCGUCAGCAUCAGUUUCGCCACCUUCAUGCAGCUGAGCUUCUUGGAGGUGCCAGAACCUGACUGGACAGAGGCCGAGCACGGCAAAGUGGUGGAGAUCAAGGAGCUGAAGUUCCAGCUGGACGACACUCUCAAGAGCGAGAUUAAGCGCGUUCAAAAGGAUAUCGAUGAUAGGGGCAUUGAUGUUACAACGACUUUCACUGUGUUCGAUGACUACGGCAAGGAGUUUAUGAAAACCCACCGCCUGCAUCCCGAUUCCUUUGUCCAGGUGGUCAUGCAAUGGACCUACUACCAAAUGCAUAAAGAAAUUGCUCCCACCUACGAGACCGCCCUGAUGCGACAGUACUACAAUGGACGGACGGAGACGCUGCGAUCCUGCACAAAUGCUGUGGCCGAAUUUCUGAAAGCCUCCUCCAACAAGCAAGUCGGUGACAUGUCAUUGGCCCGGGCUUUCCGCAAAGCCGUCGAUGAGCACAAGCACUUUAUGAACGAGGCCCGUAAGGGACAUGGCAUCGACAGACAUUUGUUUGGCCUGUGGUGCGCGGCAUACGAAAACAAAAUGGACAUUCCCGCCUUCUACGAUGAUCCAUUGUACACGAAGAGCGGCGGCGGGGGCAACUUUGUGCUCUCAUCUAGCACUUUGGGCUUCACUGCCAACGUGGGCUUUGUGGCGCCCAUGCUACUCGAUGGCUAUGGCGUAUUUUACUCCAUCACCUCGGAAGCUGUGUUCAUCAAUACCACCGCCUAUCGGGAUAGCAUCAAGACGAGCGCCCGCAAGUUCAACGACAUCUUCAAGGACUCGUUCCGUCGCAUUAGCGUUCUGUUGGAGCAGCUUGCCAAGGUGUCAAAGCUGUAAAAAGCACAUCUUAGCACAUUUAGAAAUUAUUUAAUUUAUCUAUUCCUGUUCUCGUUUAUAAUUUCGAUCAAACAGAACACUUUUCAAUGCUUAUUUACUUUUUAAUGAAUACUGAACCGAAUUUAUAAAACUUUUUGCUCCAGCAAAUAAUUGAUUGCUGAUUCAUUUUAUUAAGAAGUUUCCUAAUUCUACCCACCUUUGAUCGGAAUAUAAUUGAGUACUGACCCUUUGUAGGUAGUGUGUAAGUUAAUAUGUCAACACAGGGUGUGCAGCAUUCCAAAGUAACUUCGUGUUAAACGUUUAUUUAAAUUCAAUGUUCGAUUAGUUUAGGCAAAUACAUUUCUCUCGGUAA